GGGCGGGGGUGGAGGACCCCAUAUCAGGCAUCAUUCGCCACCAAAUCGCCACAAAGACGCGGGUUGUCAUUCUCCGCGACUAGCAGCGCUGUGGUGGCGCCUGCAUACCCUUCAUAUACUUCCCCCUCAGUCUCUACCUUCUCUUCUUCAACUUACAAUGACGGACGACGGCACAUACGGAUCUCCCCCACGGCGCUCGAGCACGGAUCGGCACUCAGACUUUCAUACCAACGGAUCCUCAUAUGAACGACCGCACAUACCCCAGCACUUGGACUCCGCCGACUCAUCCUCCCUUCCUCGAACGACAUCCUUAUCCCCAAGACGAUCAAUAGAUGGCUCGAUAACGUCGGACCCGUCGCACUGGCCCGACGCGUUGUCUACAGCAGAGGAGCCUGACCCCAGGGAGACCAGCUUCAAUGGCGCGGAGACGGCGACCUUGGUGGAUCAGAACUUUGACGAGAAUGUACUGCGGGCGCUAUGCGAGAUGAAUUGUGGAAUACCAUUGCUUCUGGAUCGAAUAAAGCAGGGAAUGGUAUCUUGUCGGGAGGCAGCAGUAUUCCUGAAGAAACGCGCUUCGAUCGAGGAGGAAUAUGGCAAGGGCAUGCAGAAGUUGGCUCGUGCAACAUCCGAGUCCUAUGCCACGAACGAAGGAAAGGCGGGCUCAUACGUCAACGCAUGGCAGGCGUCGCUCCGGGUGCACGAACAGCUGGCGGAGAAUAGGAUCCGCUUUGCGCAGCGCCUGCACGAGACGAGCGAGGACCUGCUAAAUCUGGCGAAGGAAGUAGACAAGAGCAGGAAGCAGACCAAGGACCUCGCGACCCGCUACGAACGCGCUUUGCAAGAGUCAGAGUCCAUCACGGAUAAGAGCAAGAACAGGCUCGAUGCUACGUCGGAGGAGCUCGAGCGAUUGCUCCUGCAGAAGGAGGGGGAGUCCUUCAAGGAUAACCCCGUUCAAGCCCGAUCGGCGAACACAGGCGGCAAGCGCGUAAUCGGAAAGGCGGUUGCCAAGGGUGGGCUCCUCCUGAAGGGCAGAAAUCCUGGUAAUAUCCAGCGGCAGGAGGACGACGUUCGUCAACGGAUGUCGGCAGCGUCAGAUGCGUUCCGGAAAGCAGUCACCGACACGCAGGCCAUGCGGCAGGAAUAUUUCAACCUGCAGCUGCCACGCAUACUUCGGACCCUCAAGGAGACCAACGACGAAAUCGACUUGGGCAUUCAGUAUCAGCUUACCCGUUAUUCCUUCCAAUUCGAAAGCACUGUGCUAAGCGACGGCUCUAUCCUUGUUCCUACCGACGAAGAAGCUCCGGCACCGGGUCUAAAGGCAGCCUUCGAGUCCAUCGACAAUCGCGCAGACUUCAGCAGAUUCAUGCAGAACUACAAGUACGCUCACAACAACACCAAAGCCGGUCCUCGCCGCGAAGGCCCUGCGGACGAAGGCUUCCUGCCACCUCUGCCCGUGCAUCAUGGAGACAGGCUCGCCAACAAUAGCUCUGGCGCCCUUGGUUCAUCACCCAUUACUCCCAACGGCCUGCAGGAUCGUCGAUCCCUAAUCUUCGGUGCUGACCUUGCGGAGCUGUUGAGGCGGGAGGGCGGUGAUGUUCCGCGCAUCGUCGAGAAAUUCUGCCCGGUGAUAGAGAAGUACGGGAUGGACACACAUGGCAUCUACCGGCUUAGCGGUACGCAGAGUCAGUUGAAUCGGCUGCGCCAGAAGUGCGAAGAAGACCUUGAAUCUCUGGAUUUGGAGUCGCCAGAGUGGCUUGCAGACAUAAACGUCGUCGCGGGCGUGCUUAAGAAAUGGUUUUCGUCACUGCCAAAUUCGCUUAUGACGAACGAACUUCGGGUUGGGUUCCUGCAGGCGGCUAGGGAGUCUGAAGAACGGAUGCGGCACAUACGCCUGCACGAGAAAGUCAACGAACUGCCCGAUCCCAAUUACGCCACGCUGAAGUACCUUAUGGGCCACUUGUCGCGUAUAAGUAAAAGCAACGACGUGAACGGUAUGACUUGUCACAAUAUUGGGGUUGUCUUCGGUCCCACGUUGUUCGGCCAACCGCCUGUCGGGCCUGACGGACAACCCACGGGCGACGCCGGAGACACGCUUUUGCAGAACUUGGCGAUCGAGACGAUCGUCACGCACUACAGGGACAUUUUUGUUGACGAGGACGAUGAGUAGGGCGUUUGCCCCGGAUACCCCGCCCUUCGCAUACCGCACUUUCUCUUCCUCGGCCGGACGCUGUUUCUGGCAUCCGUAUGUUUUUUUCGGGUAUCCUUAAGUUGAUAUUGUAUCCUCCCACUCGUCUAUACGCUGCUUAUGUAUUGCAGGUCAAUAAUAGCGCCCCCUCAGGACCGUUAGUCCAUGGAUUCUGCAGCUAUCGAUGUGCGCAUUAUGCGCCGACCUGUGUAUAUGCCAAGUGCUGCAUGCCACCCGCGGCUAUUGAACCAUGCCCCAUGACCCGUCGUCCCUCAAAAUCCAUUGUGUCUCCGAUGGAAAAACGAUGGUCCUCAAUGUCGGACACGCCU